AUGAGCAAAAAGCCUUAGCUUUAGACUAAGCCAACCUAAAAACUUGCAACACCUCAAGAAGAAAAAUAAAAUCAAGCCAGACUUGAUGAAAACUGGAAGCACCUUCUUGAAAAAGAAAAAGAGAAGCUAAGAGCAGAGAAAAAGGAACUUGAAAAUGAUUUAGAUUAAUUUAAGAAAGAAAUAAGUUAGCUUAAGAAAAUAAAAGACAAGCUGUUUUUGGAAAUUUAAAGACUAAAAGAGCCAGUCAAACCUAAGAAGAAUUAAAAAAUCAAAGAAAUUCAAAAGAAUUUAAGCGAUGCGACCCAACAACUCGCUAUUUUCUAAGUUAAAAAUUCUGAUCUAAUACUAUAAAUAGAUUAAUUAGUCUUAGAAAAGGACAGACUUGAAGUGGAUAACAAAAGAUAUUUGGAUUCAUUAGCCUAAGAUCAAACUCCAUUUUUAACAUAGCAAAUAGAUUAGGAAGAAAGGUGCCAACAUUGCAAUCAUAUUACUUCAAUAAUGGAUAGUCCUGUCAAAAUUGAUCCUAUCAAGUUAUUAAAAAAAGAAGAGGAAAUAUAGAAUUAGAUGAAAAAAUACAUUGAUAAGAUUUCUAGCAUGCAAAGAGAACUUUCUCAAAAAGAUAAAGCAAUUUAAGAAAUGUCCCAAGAAAUUAAGGAUUAAAAUGUGUAAGGAGAAAAGGUAAUUGAUGAAUAACUAGAUAAGAUAAUAUAACUCGAAACCUAAUUAAUGAGUGUUUAAGAGGCAAAACUAUUAACGUCUCUUGAAAAUGAAAAACUUUUGUCUGAUAUAGUUAAAUUGAAAAUGCUGAUUGAUGAAUAAUUAGCGAUCUGUUUGAAGUAAAAGAACAAAGUAUUAGCGAUGAAACAAGAGCAAGAAAACCUAGAGUUAGAUGUAAAACUCCUUCAUUCAAAGCUAUAAGAUAGUGAGUUGCUAUAUAAAUCUCAAGUAUAGGAAAUAGAUAAGUUGAGAAGGUAACUAAAGAAAGUUGAUCAGUCUAAAAAAGAAAAGUAAAAAAUUCUGGAAUAGCAACAACAGAUUGAAAAGUUAAAGACAGAUAACUAGGUUUUAUAGGAUAUGUUUAAAAGUCUGAAAUUGUAAAUCAAAAAGAAAGAAAUAAAACUAAAGUAAAGAGUUUCAUCAGUGGCUGAAGCUAACUCUCCAAUGAUAGAUAUAGAUUACUAAAACUAAUUUUAAAGUCCAGAAAAAAUUGUUGAUCUUCCGAGCAUCAAUAAAAGUUAUCUUGUCAAAAGUAAUCAGUAGAGUAAAGAGGAUCUUCAUAAUAACAUGAAUAAUAGAUCAAAUAUCAUGUAGAUUUCACCUUAACUGCUAACUCCCCUUAAUUAGAAAGAUAAAAUGUUUGGGAAUUACAGAAGUCCUUCAAUUAAGCAAGUAAUUUAAGUGCCAGAUAGUGAUGAUGAACUUUCAAAUAUAAAGUAGUUAAAACAUAAAAGAUAAUAAUCUAGAGAGAGAAGUGGUUAGAUUUUCAGAGAUUAAAUGGAUGUAAAAUAUUAAUAAUAUCUAGACAGAAUAAAAGAUCAGGCUUUUGGUUCAAAAGGAAUUAAAAGUGCAUUAAGCAAUACUAAGAAUGUUUGA